AUGGAGGGCAUUGAGCGUACGACGGAGAAGUCAUCAUCAAAGGCUUCUGGCAGCAAGCGCGGUACCCCUAACAAGCGAUGGAAGGCUGAAUAUGAUAGCUUCUUGAUCCCAAUUCUGCUGGAACAAGUACGAAAAAGGCUGAAAUGUGACAAAUCAUUCAAACGAGUAGCAUUUGUCUUUGCUGCUGUUGUUGUAAAUGCUAGGUUUAAUACUGAAUUCAGUGUAGAGAACAUUAAAAAUCAUUAUCGAACUUUGAAAUCACGGUACGCGGAGAUAAAGAAAGUGAGAGAACUCAGUGGUGUCGGAUGGGAUGAUGCCACGAAGACCAUCACCCUUGAUCCCGUGGUUGCCUUAACAUACAUCGAGGCACACCCGGCAGCAAAGGCUUUCAUAAACAAACCAAUUGAGCAUUAUGAGUCAUUGCGGGUUAUAUGUGGGGAGGACAAUGCAACGGGCGUGUACGCGACGUCUGUGUUCGCUGAUUUGGGAGAAAACUCAGAACACGAAGGCAAUAAUAACAACAACUUUGAUGAAGAACCAAUAGAACAACCAAGUGAUGAUGUUGCUGAUGCGAACUCUGCCCCACCUACUGUGAGCAGCCCUGCAACCUCAUCAACACCAAGGUCUCAAUGCUCAAGUAGGGGUUCAAAAAAUCCUUCAAUAAUGGGUGAUCUAAUUGUUGUGGUGGGAGAAAUGGCAUCUGCUAUUAAAAACCCCACACACUGGACAGAAAGCUUGUAUGCCAAGGUUAUGGAGGUUGAUGGUUUUGAAAAGAAGGAACUUGUUCAGGUGUUUGAUUUUCUGCAAUUCCGUGAGAUUGAGGCAAGAGGCUUCAUGGUGAAGGACAUGGACCUGAGGAAGGAUUGGAUAGAAACUUUUCUAUCCAGGAUGUUGCAUCAUAUUAUUGCAGAGGUCGCUCGGAAGGACAUGAGGAAGAGAGGAGUAGUGCUUGCUUGGAAGAAAUCUUUGCUGAUUGUGCUGAGAAUGUUCUUCUUCUCUCGAUCGUCUGAGAAUGAGUUCAAUCUCUCUGUAUAA